AUGCCUCGAUUACUCACGGCUCGAAAUGCCGCGAUACUCAUCAACGUCGCACUCCUGACCGCCCUCUUCCUCCACCUGAAAUCCGAACUCUGGGACAAGAGCGCCGUUGCGCCCGGACCGGCCAGUCUGACACACCUACCUGACGAACUCUACGACGAGCAACAAGCGAGCGACCAGUCGCACAAGCCAGAGGAGAAGCCGCUCCAAGCGAAUGGCAGCGUCAAGGCGCAGCGAACGGCCGUGGUAGUCGCCAGCCAAAGUUCCGAGAACGCGACGUGGCUCGACGAGUACUUUCCCGAGUGGGAGAAGAACAUCUACCGAGUCGACGACAAAAAUGCGCCUCUCACCGUCCCCUUGAAUAAAGGUCGCGAAAGCAUGGUAUACCUGACCUACAUAAUCGACAACUACGCCUCCCUCCCCGACUACAUCCUCUUCCUCCACCCAAACCGCUACCAAUGGCACAACGACGACCCCGACUACGACGGCGUCCCCAUGCUCCGCCACUUCCAAUUCCCCUACCUCGCCCAACAAGGCUACGUCAACAUCCGCUGCGCCUGGUCUCUGGGUUGUCCUGCUGAAAUUAAACCUUUAGCGGAAGCCGGAGAGCACCGCGAAGCCGUACAUGCAGGGGGCGAUUACAAGAAGGCGUUUGAGAGGCUUUUUCCCGAGGAACAGGUUCCCGUGGCUGUGGGCGUGAGUUGCUGUGCGCAGUUUGCGGCGACGAGGGAGAAGGUGAGGGAGAGGAGUAGGGAGGAGUAUGUGAAGUAUCGAGAGUGGAUUUUGGAGACGGAGUUGGGGGAUGCGAUUAGUGGGCGGGUGUUUGAGUAUUCGUGGCAUAUUAUUUUCGGGAAACCAGCUGUGCAUUGUCCGACGGCUAAGAGUUGCUAUUGCAAUGUCUUUGGGCUCUGCGAUUUGACCUGUAGGGAUCAGGGCAGUUGCGAGGGACGCUACACAUUACCGCCUUACUCGGUGCUGCCCAAGGGAUGGCCGUUGGUGGGCUGGGGUGGUAAGGAGAGGGAAAGAGCGGCUGAGGAAGAUUAA